CCUCUGAGAGGUUCCUUGCCUUCCUGUGAGAAUAGGCAGCCGCUGUCACAGAGGAGCCGAGGGAGUUCAGGAGAUCAGAGGCAAAGCAGCAGUUGCCUAUUUUCUGAGAAACCAGAUGACCCUCUUCAAAGUGAUAAUGUAAACAGUUAGCAACUGGUGGAACCGUGGGAGUAUGAAGUAAAAAACGUGAAGAAUUCUCCUACAGGAUAAGUGUAAAAACGACCCGCACUUGUUGGUUACAACGUGACAAUAUACAAGGGACCUGCCAGACUGCUACCUCAGUCCUCAGUUAAAGUGAACCGCACACUAACCACUAGAUCUCCAACACAGAGGCCAUCCAAAGACAACCACAGUAGGGACUACAGCCAGCUCCUGCACUUAGAUACCAGAGGACGAGUAGGUGCCCGUGCAGUGAAAACAUGAGUCUGGUGGAGGUGAGGCAGACAGCGGGGUCUCUCACCCUGUCCCUGUCCAGCAACGACUCCAAGGAGCGCUACUUCAACCGCAUGGACGAGAGUGACCCAGAGUACCUCCGCAGCAGGAACAUGUCGCCGGACCUGAGGCAGGACUUCAACAUGAUGGAGCAGAAGAAGAGGGUCACCCAGAUCCUGCAGAGUCCAGUGUUUAAAGAUGAGCUGGAAGGCUUGAUUCAGGACCAGAUGACAAAGGGCAACAACCCUACAGGUCUUCUGGCUCUGAGACAGAUUGCUGACCUGGUCAUGGCAAGCACCUUGGGAGGGGCUGGCCCCUUGACUUCGCCCAUCAGCUUUGGGAUGGUGACUCCAGUCAAUGACUUGUAUGGCGUCGAGUCUCCCUCCUUUGCUAAAGGGGAGAAACCGAGUCGCUGCAGGCUGGCCAGCCUCUACAGGCUUGUUGACCUCUUCAACUGGGCUCGUUUUACAAGCUCCUACAUUACUGUGCGUGUCAAUAAAGAGCAGGACCAUGUUCUUAUUGGUCCACGAGGUCUGUCUUUUGCUGAGGUGACGGCAGCAAAUUUGGUGAAAGUAAACAUAAUUGGUGAUGUGGUGGACCAGGGGUCUACUGAUCUGGGUAUCGACCACUUUGGGUUUGCUCCUCAUGCUGCCAUUUACUCAAUGCGCCCUGAUGUGAGAUGUAUCAUCCACAUACAUACCCCUGCUACAGCUGCUGUGUCCUCGAUGAAAUGUGGAAUCCUGCCCAUUUCCCAGGAGGCAUUGCUUCUGGGAGACGUGAGCUGCUUUGGUUACCAUGGCAGCCUGGAUAAUAAAGAGGAGAAGGUGGAGUUUCAGAAAGCUCUGGGCCCUACUGCCAAGGUGAUGAUCCUGAGGAACCAUGGGCUGCUUGCUUUGGGAGAAACAGUAGAAGAAGCCUUUCACUACGUGUACCACUCUCAGCAAGCUUGUGAAAUCCAGGUGAAUGCUUUGAGGAGUUCAGGCGGCGUGGACAACCUCGUGCUCCUGGACAGGGAGAAGUUUAAACCCCUGACCCAGGGAGUGGCUGCUGUCGGGUUGGUGAUAGACAAUGAGGUCAAGUGGAAAGUGGGCGAGGCCGAGUUGGAGUCCCUCAUGAGGAUGCUGGACAACCUGGGAUACAGAACAGGCUACUCUUACAAGAACCCCAUUGUCCGUGAAAAACCCCGCUCUAAGAAUGACGUGGAGAUCCCUGCCACGGUGUCAGCUGUGCCACCGGAGGACAGUGAGCUGGGACUGCGUAGCCCCUUCAAGUUUAUGGUGCAGAAACAGCAGAGAGAAAGGACCCGGUGGCUCAACUCGCCCAACAGCUACUUGAGGGUCAAUGUUCCUGAACACUCACCCAGCGGGGAUGUCAGCCCCAGGACCAAAACCAUGUGGAUGAAGUCUUCACAGCCAGGCAACAGCAUCGGCACACCAAUAAAGAUUGAGGACCCCAACCAGUUUGUCCCACUCAACACAGAUCCCACUGAGGUUUUGGAUAAGAGGAACCGGAUAAAAGAACAGCACAGAGGUGACCAGAUGACUGCAGGACCAAAAUCUCAGUUACUAGCAGGCAUUGUUGUGGACACCAUACCAGGACCAGCUUUCAUCAUUGAGGAUGAGGAGCACACCCGCUCUCUUCCCCCCAACCCUUUCAAUGAGCUCACAGAGAAGGAGCUGGAGGAAUACAAGAACACGGUAGAAAGAAAGCAGCAAGGCCAAGAAGAAGAUGAUGAUGCCACUGAUGCAGAUGAGAUGACGACAUUUGAUGGCUCUACUAUCUCCCUCUCCCUCUCUCCCAUAAUGACGCCAGCUAAACAAGACACAAUUCCCAAUGGGAAAGACCACUUGGCUGAGAUGGAGGAGGAUCUGAGCAUCGAGGUAUCCAAGCUGAGCGUGAACACUUCGGAAACAGUGGAAAUCUCCAUUACAUCGAAGGAGAGCACGGGGGACGCUCAGACCCCGGAGAGCCAAACCAAGUCCCCAAAGAAGAAGAAAAAGAAGUUCCGCACACCUUCAUUCUUGAAAAAGAGCAAGAAAAAGAAGGAUGAGAAAGAAAAAACAGAAGCCUGAGGGCAUUUAUUUUUAAAACAAUUAGUGUUUUGCUAAGAAAACAUCUGAAUUGCGUUCCGAAUUUUCUUGUUGAAGGGAAAUGAAAUAAGACAAAUGACUAUCAUUUAGUCAGAAAGUCUCCCAGGACUGUGCUGUUUUUACACAUCCUCCCUCAUUCACAGUUAUUAUUUAAUGUGAAAGUUUUUCCAAGAUGGUAAAAUGGAUGUUUUUUUCGACCCCGCGAGAAUUUGUGAUAGACCACUCCUGAAGUGCUCAGUAAAAUUAAAUCAAAUGAAAGUUGAAUGCAAAAGUGCAUAUUUGUGGUUGUUAUUACCCAUAUUUUUAAUGGGGUUUAAAAAUCAUAGGAUAUCAUAGGAUUACAAGGUUGUGAAGGUUAUGGAAACAUCAGAUUAAAGUUACGUAUUUGUGAUUUUUUUCUUUUUGCACAAGCUCAUUGUUGAAUGUAUACUGAAAGAAAAUUGUUUUAACGAUUUUAAAAUUUAACUAUCACACUAGUAGUGUAACAGUGGCUGAACAUAUAAAGAUUAUAUGACAAUUAGCCUUAUAAUAAGUACGAUUUGUAUCUGAACAUAUUCAGUUAUAUUAUCUUGUAAUAAUAUAUGUUGGUCUAUAUUAUAGGUAUUACAAUAUAGUGUUUGAUAGUUUAAUAAAUGAUUUGAUAGUCUUUACAUAUUUACUUUACAUACUAACUCUUUUAAUAAACAUGCUGUGAUUGAUAAUUCAGUAAUAAUUCAUGUUGUUUUUACAUUUAUGUCAGUGGUAUUGUUCCCAUGGUUGCUGCUUUAUUGUAAUUGUGAAAAGGAAUUGACUGUGACAAACAGAAAGAGCUCAGCAAAGUGAUGAUUCUUGUAUAUUGAUGUCUAUGAGUUUGACUUUUACAGAAUUGACAGGAAACCACUACGUGUGGAUGUUGACAGUGAAAAGUGCCAGGCCUGAAUCACAGAAUGUUGAAUGUGAUGGAUGUUUUGACAAAUUAUGUCAUGUCCAAAUAGUCAGUUGACUGCAAUAUGCUGUGGAAAGCUUGUCUUCAUAGCCACUGUUGAUAUAAAGUAUAUUAAAGGACCAUAUAUAUCCCAAUCAAUAAUGUGAACGAUUUGUUUUGACCCAAAGGGAGUGAACUCCUUGCCUUUGUAAAUAGUUUGUUUUUGUGAAGUCCUUUUGUUACGCUAAACCAAAUGUUAAACAAUGAAACAUAGAAAUGUGACAGUACAAUCUAAUAACACUAUUUUAACACUUCUUUUAUCAUGUUUUUUAUUCACGUUAAUGCACAGCGCAUUGUGUUUACAAAUUGUAUUACUUAUGUAAUUUGUAUGCCUAGUGCUUGUAUUUUCUUUGUUGUUUACGUUGCUAUGUAUGUCACCUGGGUUUUUUUCCAUGGUGCUUUACAUUAUAGUCACAUUGCCUCAAAGUCAGUCCUUUUAAAAUUGCCUUCCAACAGAUGUAAUAAAAGCUGGCAUAUGUUUCCAUAA